AAGAGAAAGUCCCACCAAAGUACACACAAAGUCCAUUUCUUGGAGAAACGUCUGCAGCUUUACUGAUCAUUUGCAUUAAACACUCAGUUGGAAAUUUCACAAUGAAGAAGUGCACAUCAACCUUUGUUUUUCUGAUCUGCAUGACUCUGCUGUCCAUAACAGACGCCAUGGCUGUUGGACCGCCUGUCCAACAGCUACGCUGCCAGUGUGUUCAAACGUAUGCUGGAAAACCAAUCAGCUCAAAAAUAAUACAGAAAGUACAAAUGUUUCCUGCUGGAGCACAUUGCAAAAAUGUGGAGAUCAUUGCUACUCUGAAAAAUGGACAGACGUGCCUCAAUCCCAGUGAUGAGUGGGUGAAAAAUAUCCUCAAAGCAUGAUUCCCCAUCUGUGUUUGCAUGCAGUAUUUUACGAGUUUUCUUGCUGAAUUUUGUAGCUCACAUUUUUCUUCUACAUAUUUCUGCAGAGCUGUUAAAUGCAAACAUUGUAUCAUACCCAUUGCACACAGUUUGAAUGCAGACGACUUGCUCAUUACAGAAACAAUUUCUGACAAAGCAAAUGUAACAUUUGUAUAACAAAAAAGCGUAUUGUCAAUUUAGCUUAAAGAAACACUGCUGACUAACACUUUGCAUGAAUAUGGAAAAUUUUGCAAUGUAGAAAAAACAUAAAAAUAAACUUUUUUAUUGUUGUAUUUCAACAAUCUUCAUAAAAGUUAUUUUUUAACUAAAUAUGCGUCGCGAUGCACACAUGAGGAACACGGAACGAAGGAGAAGAGAAGUAAAUAAACCAAAAAGGUUUUUUUAACAACAGAACGCCGGGGAUUAGUGCUGUUCGGUUCUUGAACGAAUCGUUCAACCAACUGUCGAAGUUUGCAGAGGAUUACUGAGGACUCAUCAAGAACCAAAUGAGCUGUUGCCACAUUUGCCAAGGAUUACUGAGGACUCAACGAGAACCGAAUGAGCUGUUGCAACGUUUGCCGAGGAUUACCGAAUAUUCUGUGAGUGAGUUGACGAUUCUGUGUGCAAGCCUGAGGCAUGUGCACUUAUUAAAACUUUGUGUGAUGAAAAAUAAAUUGAACAAUAGUU